AGUGGAGGCGGCGCGGAGCCGUUGUCAUGGCGGCGGUGAUGGCGGCCUAGGCCGGGCCCGCAGCCCUUUCCUCUUUCUCCUUUCCUCUCCCGUUCCGUUCCGUUCCUUGCAUUUUCCGGAGCCGCCGGGAUGACUCAGGCGGAGCUGCGGCUCUGCUCCCUCCUGCUGCGGGAGAAUUUUGGCGAAAUUGUGGAAAAAGUUGGGAAUUCUCUGCUCCGGACCGGCCCGCGGCCGCUGCGGCUGCUGGUGGGGGACACGGGGCUGCUGCCGGAUCAGGUGAAGAAGGCGCUGUGCGUGCUCCUGCAGCACGGGCUGGCGCGCUACGCGCCGCAGCCGCGGGGCCCGGUGGAGUACGAGGCGCGGAGCGAGCGCGUCCUGCGCCUCCUGCGCUACCCCCGCUACAUCUACACGGCCAAGACGCUCUACGGAGACCCCGGCGAGCUGCUGGUGGAGGAGCUGCUGCUCCACGGCCACCUCCCCAUGAGCGCCGCCGUGGCCAGGGUGGCCGAGCGCCUCACCGAGACCAUGGAAGAUGGGAAGUCCAUGGAUCACAGCGAGGUCUCGGCCACCUUCGCCCGCCUGGCCGACACCCACUUCAUCCAGCGGUGCCCCGUGCCCCCCGAGAUGCCCCCUGAGGUGCCCCAUGAUGCCAAGGUGCCACCAGCCCCUGCCCUGGCCAUCGAUGACAAGGACAGGUUCCUCGUGCCACGCCUCAGCCUCGUCGGCAAAGGGAAGAGGAGACACUCGUGUGACGAGGAAGAGGAGGGCGAGCACAAAGCCAAAAGGCAGAAGCAAGAGGGAGGAAGCUCCGAGCCUCCCCCGGACGAUGGCAUUUACUGGCAGGUGAACCUGGAGCGUUUCCACCAGCAUUUCCGAGACCAGGCUCUGGUCAGCGCCGUGGCCAGCAGGAUGGACCAGACCAGCAGUGAGGUGGUGCGGACGAUGCUGCGCAUGAGCGAGGUGACCACGGCCUCGGGUGCCUCCCACACUCAGCCCCUUUCCUCCAAUGAGAUUUUCAGGUCUCUCCCCACUGGCUACAACAUUGGCAAAGCCGUGCUGGAUCAGUACCUGGCGCUGCUGGCCGAUGAUCCGCUGGAGUUUGUGGGGAAGGCGGGGGACAGCGGAGGCGGAACCUACACUGUCAACCUGCACAAGGCCCUGGUGUCCCUGGCCACGGCCACGCUGGAAUCCAUCGUGGAGGAGAGGUUCGGCUCCCGCUGCGCCCGGAUUUUCCGGCUGCUGCUGCGCAAGAAGCACCUGGAGCAGAAGCAGGUGGAGGACUUCGCCAUGAUCCCGGCCAAGGAAGCCAAGGACAUGCUCUACAGGAUGCUCUCCGAGAACCUGGUGGCCCUGCAGGAGAUUCCCAAGACUCCUGACCACGCUCCCUCCCGCACCUUUUACCUGUACACGGUGAACUUGAUGGCCGCCGCUCGGAUGCUGCUCCACAGGUGCUACAAGAGCGUGGCCAACCUGAUGGAGCGAAGACACCACGAGAUGCGGGAGAACAAGAGGCUCCUGGAGAAGUCGCAGCGCGUGGAGGCCAUCCUGGCCUCCAUGCAGGCCACGGGGGCCGAGGCGGCGCAGCUGCACGAGGUCGAGGAGAUGAUCACGGGUCCCGAGAGGCAGCAGCUGGAGAACCUCAAACGCAACGUCAACAAGAUCGACGCCAGUGAGAACCAGGUGGAUGAGACCAUCUUCGUGCUGGAGGCAUUCAUCGAGAGCACCAUGAAGAGGCCGUGAGGGGACAGGGACAAGGACAAGGGUGGGGACAGGGAGCAGAUGCCUCUGCCCAUGGUGCUUGUGAUGCUGAGGAGAAUAAAGGAACAGUUGGUAAAGCA